AUCAAUACAAGAAUGACAAAUGAACAAAAAAAUACAUCAGAUGAAUUUAUAUUAAAUUAUUAUGAUACAAAUAAUCAAACAUUUCCAUGGAAUAAUGUACGAUUACCUAGUUUUAUACAGCCAAAACAUUAUGAUUUAUUUAUGCAACCUGAUAUUGAACGAUUAAUUAAUAAAGGAAAUGUAUCGAUACGAUUUAAGAUUAAUGAACAAACUAAAUUUAUAAUAAUACAUUCAAAAAAAUUAAAUAUAACAUCAAUAACAAUAAAAGAUUUAAAUAAUCAAACUAAUCAUAUAAAUAUACAAAAAUAUAGUGAAUGUAUUAAAUUAGAACAAUUAUAUAUUGAAUUUGAUCAAUAUUUAUUGAUUAAUAAUCAAUAUUGUCUUUAUUUAGAAUUUUGUAGAAAAAUUGAAGAUCAAUUGGAAGGUUUUUAUGUUAGUAGUUAUUUUAAUGAAAAAUUACAAAUAAAACGACAUUUAUUGACAACACAUUUUGAACCAACAUUAGCACGUACAGCAUUUCCUUGUUUUGAUGAACCAGCUAUGAAAGCAUCAUUUCAGCUUAGUAUUGUACAUGAUGAACAAUAUAAAGCAUAUUUUAAUACGGAAAAAAUUGAUGAAAAACGUAUAAUCUAUAAUGAUGAUGAUGAUAAUGGAAAUGGAAAUGGAAAUAGAACAAUAACAAAAAUAUUAUCAAAAUUUGAACCAACAGUACCAAUGUCAACAUAUGUUAUUGCAUUUGUUGUUUGUGAUUUUUCAUUUGUACCGGGUGAAACAAUAAAUGGUAUACAUACUGGUGCAUUAGUACCAAUUGGUCAAGAACAGAAUGUAAUGUUUGCAUUGAAUGCAACCAAACAUAUAUUAGCAUAUUUUGAACGUUUCUUUAAGAUACCAUAUCCAUUAAAAAAAUUAGAUCUGGUUGCUGUACCAGAUUUUGGUGCCGGUGCAAUGGAAAAUUGGGGCCUAAUUACAUUUCGUAUGACAGCAUUAUUAUAUAAUGAACAAGAUUCAAGUAGUGAAGUUAAAGAACAGGUUGCUAUUGUUGUUGCACAUGAAAUUGCACAUCAAUGGUUUGGUAAUCUUGUUACAAUGAAUUGGUGGAAUGAUCUUUGGUUAAAUGAAGGUUUUGCAUCUUAUGUUGAAAAUUUAGGUGUCGAUUUUAUUCAUCCAGAAUGGCGAAUGUUGGAUCAAUUUGUAAUAUCAACAUCACAACAUGCAUUAGCAUUAGAUUCAUUAUUUAGUUCACAUCCAAUCAAUACAACUGUUAUAAAUCCGGCUGAUAUUGAAGGAAUUUUUGAUUUAAUUUCCUAUAAAAAGGGAUCAUGUUUAAUUCGUAUGAUUGUUGAUUUUUUGGGUAUUGAAAAUCUACAAAGUGGUUUAGAAAAUUAUCUAAAUAGAUAUAAAUUUCAAACAACACGUACAAGUCAAUUAUGGGAAUGUUUUUCACAAGUUUCAAUAUCAUUACCGAUUAAUGUAUCAGCUAUAAUGGAUACAUGGAUAUUUCAACAAGGAUAUCCAGUAAUAAUGGUUGAAUGGAAUAAAAAUGGUACAGAAAUUAUUGUUAAACAACAACGUUUUAUAUCAUCAUUAAGUCCAAAUGAAUUUGAACAACAAUUAAAUGAUAAUCAAUCAAUUUUAAUGAUAAAUCAAACAUGGAUAGUACCAUUAACAAUAAUAACAUCAACAAAUAUUAAUCAAAAUCAAGUUUAUUGGCUUAAUUCUACACAAAAACGAAUACAUUUAAAUCGUAAAGAAAAUUCAUGGUUUAAAUUAAAUCGUAAACAAAGUGGUUUUUAUCGUGUUAAUUAUGAACCAACUAUUUGGCAACAAUUAAUUCAAAUUCUUUAUUCUUCAAAUGAUAAAAACCAUAUACUUUCACCAUCAGAUCGUGCCGGUUUAAUUGAUGAUGCAUUAUCAUUGAUGCGUAAUGGAUAUCUAGAUGUUGAAAUUGCUAUGAAUUUAACUAAAUAUUUGGAAAAUGGUGAACAAGAUUAUGUACCAUGGGAAACAUUAUUAACACAUUUUGGUACAUUCGAUGCUGUAAUGCCACAAAAUCCCCUUUUACAUCGUUAUAUAUUACGUUUAAUAUUACCAAUGAUUAAACAACUUGAUUGGAAUGAACGUCCUACGGAUGGAAUGUUUGAGAAAAAACUUCGUGCCAUAUUGUUACGUGCUGCCGUCUAUUAUGGCCAUAAACAAUCAAUAGAUAAAGCAUUAUAUUAUUUUCGUCAAUGGAUGUUGGAAAAAAAAGCAGUACCGGCAAAUAUUCGAGAUAUUGUUUAUAGUGCCGGUAUUGAAUAUGGAUCAGAUAAAGAAUGGAAUUAUUGUUGGCAAAAAUAUUUAAAUACAAUGAUUGCAUCAGAAAAACGUUUAUUAUUAGGUAUACUUGGAUCAACACUUACAAAAUCAAAAAUAUUAAUCGAAUAUGAAAGCCGUGUACGUUUGAAACAGAUUCAUGAUGAUCCACAUCAAACAGCUAUUAUUCAACGUUUAUUACAAUUAGAUGAACAAUUAAAUGAUUAUCAACCAUCAUUAUCAUCAUCAUCGAUUUUAUCCGAAUCUAGUCCAUCAAAUUUAAUUGUUUCGAAAUUAUCAUCAUUAUUUGGUGGUGGUGGUGGUGGAUCGUCAAAAAAAUCUAAAUCAGAAUCAGAAUGUUCGAAUCAACCGGUUAAAAAUCGUGGCCUUUAUCUACAUGGCAAUGUUGGCUGUGGUAAAACAAUGUUAAUGGAUCUAUUUUUUGAUAAUUGUUCGGUUGAUCCUAGAAAACGACGACGUGUUCAUUUUCAUUCAUUUAUGUUAGAUUUUCAUAAUCGUUUUCAUCAACAUAAGCAACGACGAAAUGAAUCAAGAAAUGUCCUAAGCAGCACCAUGGAUGGUCGUAAACGUGCAUCAUUUGAUUUUGAUCCGAUACCGAUUAUCGCCCAGGAUAUUGUUGAAGAAUCAUGGUUUAUUUGUCUGGAUGAAUUUCAAGUUACCGAUAUUGGUGAUGCAAUGAUAUUGAAACAUUUUUUUAAACAAUUAUUUGCCCAUGGUAUGGUUAUGAUUGCUACAUCGAAUCGUCCUCCUGAUGAAUUAUACAAAGGUGGACUUCAACGUAGUAAUUUUUUACCAUUUAUUGAUCUAUUAAAAAAACAUUGUGAUGUUUAUGAAUUAGCAUCCGGUAUUGAUUAUCGUCGUCUAGUUGAUUCAAAAAAACAUCAAGUUUAUUAUAUUAAUAAUAAAGAUACGGAUAAAACAAUUAAUUUAAUGUUUAAAGUAUUGGCUAAUAAUGAAAAUGAUUCAAUACGGCCAAAAACAUUGACAAUUAAAGGACGAAAUGUAACAUUAAAACGUACAUGUGGUGGUGUAUUAGAUUCAUCAUUUGACGAAUUAUGUGAUCAACCAUUAGGUGCAAUUGAUUAUCUAACAAUUGCUCAAUAUUAUCAUACGGUUAUCAUACGUGAUAUACCUAAAUUAACAAUGAAAUUACGUGGACAGGCAAGAAGAUUUAUAACAAUGAUUGAUACAUUUUAUGAUCAUCAUGUACGUUGUAUGUUUACUAGUGAUGUACCUUGUGAUGAAUUAUUUCAGGUACAACGUAUUGAAGAUGUACUAGCUAAUGAUGAUAAUCGUAAAUUAAUGGAUGAUCUUGGUAUGACAUCGGAUGAUCUUAAUGCAUCAAUAUUUAGCGGUGAAGAAGAAAUGUUUGCAUUUGAACGUGCAUUAUCAAGAUUAUAUGAAAUGCAAACUAUUGAUUAUUGGAAUGCUAACAAAAAUUUAGCCAAAUAAAUCAUUUUUUAAAAAAAUGUUGGACAAAAA